GGAAACGGAAAAAAGGUAUUGGCAAAAACACUCUAUAUAAAGAUAUAAAUUCUCGGUAGACAUUGGUAUUCGUUUUCGUUUGCAUUCAUUUCGAUUUCACACUCAAUUGAAAAACUUACAAAGUAGGCGGACAGCCCAGUACGAAAGAAAAAAUAACUUCACAUUUUAAAUUUUGCUCUAACUAAAAGAAACAAAAUAUUGCUUCUAUUUUUGCAAACGAACCUGUGCAAAAUUACUCUUUUAAAUAUAACGCAGGAAAAAAAGUUUGCCCUACAAUUGGAAUCGUUUCGGUACACUUGGCUUAAUAUUACAGAAUCCUCUUCGCGGAAUAAAUAAUUCAAAUAAGAACAAAAUGUCUGAUCGCAAAGCUGUUAUUAAAAAUGCCGAUAUGAGCGAAGAGAUGCAACAGGAUGCUGUUGAUUGUGCGACACAAGCUUUAGAAAAGUAUAACAUUGAAAAGGAUAUAGCCGCAUACAUCAAAAAGGAAUUUGACAAAAAGUACAACCCCACAUGGCAUUGUAUUGUUGGCAGGAAUUUUGGUUCAUAUGUGACUCACGAGACUCGUCAUUUUAUAUACUUUUACUUAGGCCAGGUGGCCAUUCUUUUGUUUAAGAGCGGUUAAAAUAAAUGCAUUUUAUUAAUAACAAAUACAAAACACAUACAAAUAGAAACAUUUAAAAACCAAGGAGCACUACUACCUAUUUUUUUUUUCCCAGACAGGAAGAGAACUACUCGUCUUGAUUUUUCAAAAACGAGUUUUUGCUUCCCAACAUUUUAUGAUUAAUUGAAUUUUGUUUUUAUAUUUGUCUAGCAAACUUUAAAUAAAUCCCUAAAGAAUUUAUAAAUAAGCAACUAAAUUUUAACUUUCCAUCCACAAUGAAAUUAUAAAAAUAUGAAAUUAAAACAACUAAACUUUUUAAUUAUAAUACAAAACUCAAAAAAAUACAAUUUACAAAUACCUACACACCGAAAAGGCGGUAAAGAAAGUAAUAUCCAUGUAAAUGCAACUAAUAAAAAAAAUGUCCAAAUUAGUAAUAUAAUAAAGGAAUAAAAUAUUUUGUAUUCCUCAAAAAAGAAAUACAAAUAAAAUUAUUCUAAACUUAA